AGAGACAGUCUGGUGCAGUAUAGGGAGUACUUGCGCGUACGAAAUGAAGUCGUCUGAUUUAUUCACAAUAACUCAACAGAAAGCCAGUGAUCCAUAUUUAGUCUAUUGUAGAAUGUACCAUUAUUCCAGGCGCCUUAUGUAUGCACAAUGCAUUUUCGGUAGGGGGCUCAUUUGCGCAACUGAGUGGUGGAUCAUCUGCUGUGCGGUUAAGUACCGGGACGCCACGUGUAUUCCAUUAUAGUCUUCAUAAUGUCAGUUGUCCAUUUGCCUGUGUUCGUGGCAGUGUUUGUGCACUGUCUGACUGUAGUUACUGCUGAUCAUCCGGGUCAUGACGCACUUUGCCCCUUAAUGGAAAUGACGAAAGGACCUCCCAUAGCCGACACACUGGUGACUUCAGAACUGUCAGUUGACGGUGCUGGCAUAGUUCAGUGUGGUAUGCAAUACAGAGUACCAGUCAAAGCAACGCUGUACCAGGGAAUGCUUGCAGCUAAUAAACAACAUGGCGACGGUUUUGAGUUUAACUCCACUUUACACCAGAUGUGGGGACACUUUAUCAGCUCCAUCAACAACGUUGGGUCUGAGGGCGGUUUUUACUGGUACAAAUUCGACAAAACUACACUGCGGACCACCCCUGUUGGUGUUGAUUUCAUCGAACUUGGUGCUAACAGUUCCUACAUUUGGCACUAUUCCAAUGGUACCUACCCAAAUGAUACAUAUGUCGGACCAUGUGUGGGUUUGUCCAUCAUUCCUCCAUCUGCGCCCCUUACUUACAAGGUCGUGUACCUGACCGUCUCCGGCACUAAUGUAAUCCAGACCACUGACAACAAGUUCAAGGGUGUGUGCAAGCAACUGGUGUUGGUUCAAUCGGAUUCAAGUAGCGUCUUCCGACUGCUGGAAAUAGCCAAUAGUCAGAUACCAUUGUCUGUAGAAGCUGAGUUGAAUAGGCAGGAGAGCAUUGUGACGUCAUUCAGUGGCAUUGCCAAUAAUGAGACCUACCGAUGGACUGGCUACAAAGCAGGAACCGACGGACCGAUCCCUUACGAUCUAUCCAUGACGGCUGUAACUGACGGGGAUCAUAUCCUAUUCAGAUACGAGGAGGUGGAGGUCGGGACGGGACCAGGCAACGGGGCGCCCUCUGUGGGCCAGUUUGUUGUUCUUCUGUUGCCCCUCAUGGUAUUGCCAGGGAUGACGUCAGUAACUUUUCUACUGAGCAAAAUGCCGAAGAAUUAUUCUGCAGUUAUGGUAGCCAUCGUUUUGGCUGUGCUGACACCCUGUCUAACCGUAGUAGCUGGCUACGACCCUUGUCCCGCGGCAGAUAUGACGUCAGGUCCGCCAAUCAACGCAACACUGGUAACUUCCUACCAGUCAGUUGACGGGCCCGGCAUGGCUCUGUGCGGGAUGGAAUACUGGGUACCAGACAACGCCACGGUGUAUCAAGGAAUGCUUGCCGCUCAGCAACAACAUGGCAGCCAGUUUCAAUUUAAUUCAACUUUGUUCGCAAUGUAUGGACACUUCAUCAAUAUAAUCAACGGAAUUUCGAACACUAACACCACCUUCUGGUUCAUUUUCGACAAUGCUACUCAGAUGCUCACACCUGUCGGUGUGGACUUUCUUCAUAUUACCGACAGCAGUUCCUACAUUUGGCAGUUUAACAACAGUACUUCUCAUAAUCAGACCUACACAGGACCAUGCAGCGGCCCGUCCAUUAUUUACCCGACCAUGUCUCUUACCUACAAGAUUGCUUAUCUGACAAUCUCGGGUGCCAAUGUUCCCCCUAACUCCAAUUUCAAGCGUGUCUGUAAGCAGUUAGUUUUGAUUCCUUCGGAUUCAACAACAGCGUUUUCUCUCCUGGACAUCGCAAACAGCCAAAUACCCCUAUCGGUGAAGGCCUUGCUGACUAUGACAGACUACGCCGUGACGUCACUCAAUGGGGUGGUAAACAGCGAGAACAACAAAUGGAUUGCCUUCCGUGCGGGUACCAACCAGGCCCUUCCUAAUGAUCUAUCCAUGACGGCUGUAACCGACGGGGAUCACGUCGAAUUCAGAUACGAGGAAACUGAUGUUGGGACAGGGCCAGGCAAUGGGGCUCCCUCUGUUGGCAAGUCUGUCGCCUUCCUGUCUCUGAUUGUAUUUUUGUUAGAUGUUGUGACGUCAGUGUGAAUAUUCACGAGUUGGGCGAAACAAAAGAAGUCUCCGAGUCCACAGAAUAAGGGACGAUGAGUGCGACUUUGUUGUAUUUGAAGUGUAGUUAUAUUAAUUUGAAUAUUUCAACUGACUGAGUUAUAGCCCAACUAUAAUUAUACCUUAGAAUCCAUGUUUGUGGUGAUGCUUUUAAAAUUUACACAGUUGAAAAUAAGGUAUAUCAAUUUUGAAAAUUAUUAAUUAAUCGUGAAAAUUGGCCUAACACGAACGCUUAUGCGGCUAAAGCCAUUUUUACUGUUAUAAACUGACAUAGCUUUCAACUAAAUUUACACAAAGCGCUUCUUUCUUUACGAACUGACUUUUCUUUCAGCGAACAGUAGAGCUAUGGUGAAGAGGUCUUAUAGUUACAUUAUAAACAAUAGUUGUCAUAAUUCCUUAGCCGGUCUUGAUGAUCCCCUGCAUAUUGCUAUCCUAGGAGGAAACUCGCGUAACAAAAAGUAAAGAUUUAUUUGAUUUGUAAAUAUUACUCAGAACAUUAGGAUUACUGCUUCCGAGCUACGAAUAGUUUCAUACAAAUAUUUUUUGUGACUCAUUAAAAGUAUAAGUAUAAGCGUUUUUUUUUUAUUUUAACGGGAAUGAAAAGGUGCACGGGUCGGACUAUCUCAAAGGAAUAAUUGCUUUUAAUCCGUGACGUUUGUUGAGAAACUAUCAAAAAAAUUAACAUUUGUUAUCACACAAUUGCAAGUCACCGUGCUGGAUGGAGAUCUAAUCCACGCUACUUUAAGAGAAGGAAAGUCCGUUGAGACUUUAGUCACAGCAUAGAGGAGCACAUCAAAUUACGCAUUAGUCAAGAUGAAAGACCCAGAUUCUUCGAAUACAUCAGAUGUCUCGAAGAGGUCGAAGAGUGCCUGCUUCAAGGGGAUGAUGUACGAUAUCACAGUUAAGAUACAGUCAUUGUCAAUGUACAACAAACACAUCAACAAGACUACAAUCGAAAACCAAGUAAUUUAACUUCCUCAAUGUCUCCGAAAAGUGAUCUUUUUUACUUUAAAGUUGGCGGGUCAUAAUCUCUACAUCUUGACAUUUGUCCACAGCUCUAGGAAUAAAUCAAACUUAAUUGUACCUAAGGAAAUGAAUGAAUUCUAAUUAUUCAUCUUUCAUUAUCUGAGACUGAUGUUACAUUGAGAGAGUGACUCAAGCUAGCUUUGCCGUAAAAUUUGUAAUGUUUGCUAAUGUCUUGUAAAUGUCUACAUUUGCAUUGGUUAUUAACGAUACUAUUUUGGAGAAUAUAACAUUAAUAAUACUUCUGAUAAUAUCUCA